AUGCUGACGAUGGAGCUGAACGAGAAGGGCCUUUGGGUGCGCAAGAAGAAACCUGCUGGGCCUGCAGAGGAGGCGCCAGGUCCGUCGGAGAGUGCCAAGCAGCUCCUGAAGACCACCUCCAGCGCCGAGGACCCGCGCUUGGAAGCGGCCAAGCCCAAGGGCCGCGGCACGGCGGAUGCGACGGAAAAGGCCCUGCAGGCGCUGCAGGAGCGGCGCAAGCUGGAGAGGAAGGUGCAAGAUGAGCCGCGGACUUGGAGAGAGCGAGGAUGGCGCCGCCCAUCUGGAGAGGGCCGCGAUUUGGCCGGCAAGCUGCAGGAUGGGGGUGCUAAGCUAAACGGAUACACAGCCCCCCACGCCGUGGACUUCGAUGACGAGGCGCGAAAGCUAUGGGUGCGGCUGAACUUGGACCCGUCAAUCAUCACUGGUGGCCAGUACAAUGCCAUGGAUGCCUUGUGGCAACAUCCGGAGACACGCGCGGUCUUCUAUGUCGGAAAUCAGACUGCUGCGACCAAUUUAUCAUUGCUGCAGAAACAUGGAGUCACGCAUGUGGUCAACUGCACCGACAGCAUGCCGAACUAUCAUGAAAAUUAUCCCAGCGGCAUCAAGUACCACCGCUUCGACAUUUCCAGCUUUCACCGUCGGGUGAAAUCUGAUGCGGAUGCUGCGCGAUUUGUCCAGCCAAUGUUGGACUUUGUCAGUUCUGCGCUGGCGGAUGGCAAGAAUGUCAUGGUGCACUGUUUGGCUGGUGCCCACAGAGCAGGGACCACCGGCUGCAUGUGCUUGAUGUACUUUGCACAGCUUGGCGCCAAAGAUGCAGUUCUUGCUGGUGUCCAGCGCAGCGAUGAGGAGGCCAAAGAGGUCGUGGAGAGGGCUUUAGGCUCUUGUGCAGUAGGACAAGGUUCUGCUCCCGUAAGGGCAGAGCCGACAGCAACCCGGGCGAAGCGCCGGCGCAGCCCCUCGCCUGUGGCCGUGAGCAGCCCUUCAGAGAAUGAAGGUGGAGACUUCCAAGCUGCUUGGAUGGAUUCUGACGACGAGAAGGAAGCCGCCAAGCUCAGUGAGAAGCCUUCAGGCGGGGAUAUUGUCGUCGACUUCUUCUGA